GUUAACCCUGACCUACACUUUAAAUGUAGUGCAGGAAUCAGGUGCUGUUGGGAAUUAAGAGGAUACAGACUUAAGACAGACGCCAGGAGACACUUAUUCACACAGAGUGGAUCCUGAUUCCAAACUGUAUUCCAAACCAGCAUUAAACAAUGAAUUUUUCCUCUACUCUCUCCCCCUCUGUCCCCCCUCGACCUCCUCCCUCCUCCUCCCUUGGCUUCUCUCAAAUUCUGGGCACUGUCAUCCUGACCUUGGCAUUUGUUCUGGGUUUCCCCGGAAAUUUGUUUGUGGUGUGGACAGUGUUGUGUCGCGUGGGCCAACGCUCCGUCACCUGCCUGCUGGUCUUGAAUCUGGCCGCGGCAGACGCCCUGGUUCUGCUCAGCGCUCCAUUCUUCAUGCGUUACAUCGCGGGGGGCCAGGGAUGGGAGUUCGGGUCAGCCUUCUGCAAGCUGGUUCAUUACCUCUGCAGUGUCAACAUGUACGCCUCCAUCUUCCUCAUCACCGCCAUGAGCCUUGACCGCUUCCUGGCCGUGUCCCGCCCCUUCCUGUCCCAGCAGCUGCGUACCAAGAGGGCCCUGCUCAAGAUUCUGCUGGUCAUCUGGAGCCUGGCUUUCCUCUUUGCGAUUCCCAUGCCCUUCUACCGCAGAGUUGUGCAACAUGCAGGAUUGUUUCACUGCAUACCAUCCCACAGCAAUCCAAAGCACAUGGUUUUCCAGUACCUGAUGGAGACCAUCUUUGGAUUCCUGAUCCCAUUUGCCAUAAUCACAUUAUGCUACACAUAUGUAGGCUUUCGGCUAAGAAGUGCCAUGUUUCAAAUCAAAGGAAAAGGUAGCCGGAUAAUUCUUCUCAUCGUGGCUGUCUUUGUAGUCUUCUGGAUGCCCUACCACAUUGUGAACAUGAUCCAGGUUUCUGGUGCUUUAGCUGGGGAAGAAUCACUCAAGAAAGCCCUCCGGGAUGCUGCGAAAACCGCCAGGCCCAACGUGACAGCCUUCGCGUUCUUUAGCAGCAGCAUCAACCCCAUUCUCUAUGUCUUCGCUGGGAGUUCCCAUAUCCGCAGCGCCGGCUUGAAUUUCAUGGCCAAGAUGUUCGAGGGGACCUAUUCCGAAGGGUCGGGAAUCCGCCGGUUUUCCAGGAGCACUCGCUCAACCCGUAGCGGAUCCCUGGCGGUUACUUCACUCCGGAAGAUCUCCCUAAUUUCGGUGAAGGACGGGAGACAGGGUCGGGAUGUGGAAAUGGCUAGAACGAUGGCUGAAUCAAAGAAUCUCUGCAUGACCGAUGAAAAGGAGACAGGGUCUUCAUCUUAGAGAGGAAUACUUGCCAUCUGUUUUGAAGACUGCACAGAUUUCUAUGCUGAAGAUGUAUCCAACCCUGAUCAACUCCUUGGAGUCGAGGGUCCUGGUGGCUCCAUCCCAACCCAUUGGGAAAAUGCACAGCUCACCGUUGCCUCCUCCACCUCUCUGAGAAAUGCUUGUACAUCUAGUUGUCUUCUCAUUUCAAUCUGCUAUGUCUGAAUAUUGCACAUAUUUAGCUGUAGAUUUUCAUACCCCAAAAGAUAUCAUUGUUAGACUUGCUUUAAACUAUGAUUGCUUUUCUUUUGCACAACAUUUAUGAAAUUUGUUCUGCCUGUAUUUUUGAAUAACUGUGUAUCACUCGCAAUCCUAGGUUUUAUUACAGAAAAUAAUCAUUUUUAGUCAGUACAAUGGCAGUAGUUACAAUAUCCAGUUGUAGUCAAAAGUUUACAUAACCCAAUGGAGAUUUAUAAUUUCUAGAAAUUUCUCGAAAAAAAAAAUAAUUAUAGGAAAAAUAUUUCGUAGUAAAAAUUUUGCUUUUGUGGA